GGGCUGGUUCGGCCCCAGGUGCCUCCGAGAACGGUUUCCCUGGAACGACGUGCGGCUGCGGGAGCGGUGUUUCCUGGGCGCUGAAGGCGGCCUCGCGACGCCUUCGCGCGCCGGCGGCCGGCCGGCACUCGGAGGAGGCGCCUUCUCCUGCUGGAGGGCGGGGGCAGCCCAGCGAGGCUGCCGCGCGCCUUCCCACCGUGUAACGCGUGUGCCGGCGCGACGGGAGGCGAGCGUGCCGGGAGCCCGCCCGCGUCGUUCCCGCGGCCGCCGUGCGUUCCAGAACGCCUCCGCGGGCCUGCCGCCUCCCGGCCUUUGUGUGCGCUGCUCUGUCCAACUCCCACCCCACUUUAAGACCUGCCCAUGGGAAAAGUGAAAUUACAGACGGAACCGCGCACCUGGAAACCUGACAGGAGAUAAACCAUCACAAUCUUAGAAACUUGGAGACAAAGUUUACUAAAAGAGCUGCAAGCUGUGUGACACACAUGGAACAGGACCAUUAUUCUAUGCAUUGAGCUCGUCUUACAGAAGGUAUAGAAAUAAUCUCCAGCAAGAAGCAAAAGGAAAGAUGAGAUACAAUGAGAGGAUUCCCUAUCUUCUGCAGAGCAUUUUAUUUCUGAGUUUCCAGUCUAUUCCUGAGUCUUCAUUCCUUCAUACAGGUUCUAUAAAUUUUUAGAAAAAGAAGUCAGCAGAAAACAUGACUACUGAAUUUACCUCUCACCCUGAAGAGAUGACAUGGUCUAAAUGCAACUAAGUGUGGAGAAGACCUAAAUAAUAUAAGAUGCAGGGGAAGACUUAACUGUGGAAUGAUCUCCUGCUAAGCCCUAAGCUCUAGGAACUUGGGCCAGGGAAACAGGAGUGGAAGAAGAUAAUCUCUGUGCUGGAUUCCUUUCCUUUAUUCCUCCAGACCCACUUUCCAGCCUUCUCCACUCUGCACUGGGCCCCACCAGCAGUACCACUGUUCAGGUGCUAUUAUAUGUUACAAACCUGAAAAGACAUCUGAAGAAUAUUCGGUCCACCAGAUUAGAGAACCAGGAUCAACAAGUCUUUUUCAUUGCCAAAUACAUUUCACUACAUAAAAAGCUAUAACUGUCAUCAGUGGGCAAAUUGGCAUAAACAGGCCUCCACAAGUGGAAAAACAUCCAACCCCCGUGCUUCUUAUGCUCUGGGUCCGCACAGUAGCCAGAGAACAGAAAGAAAAUCUGACUGUCCAUGAAGGAAGGGUGAAACUGAGAGUGCAACAGCGACCUGAAGGCACCUCUUCAAGGGGAGCCUGAAAUUUGAAGAUUGUCUUUGCUUUCGGAGACUCCAAGUAAAUAGAAAAAAAACUAUCCAAGAUGACUGUCACUUACUCCAGUAAAGUAGCAAAUGCGACUUUUUUUGGAUUUCAUAGGUUACUCCUCAAGUGGAGAGGCAGCAUCUACAAACUACUGUACAGGGAAUUUAUUGUUUUUGCUGUUCUUUACACAGCAAUAAGUUUGGUGUACAGAUUGUUACUUACAGGAGCCCAAAAACGUUACUUUGAAAAAUUAUCAAUUUACUGUGACAGAUAUGCUGAACAAAUUCCAGUAACCUUUGUGCUUGGAUUUUAUGUUACUCUGGUAGUAAACCGAUGGUGGAACCAGUUUGUCAAUCUGCCCUGGCCGGACAGGCUGAUGUUCCUCAUCUCCAGCAGUGUGCAUGGACGCGACCAGCAUGGGCGCCUGCUCAGAAGGACUCUGAUGCGCUACGUCAACCUCACAUCCCUGCUCAUCUUCCGCUCGGUCAGCACAGCUGUGUACAAAAGGUUUCCAACAAUGGACCACGUGGUUGAAGCAGGUUUUAUGACAGCAGAUGAAAGGAAAUUAUUUGACCAUCACAAAUCUCCUCAUCUGAAAUAUUGGGUUCCAUUCAUCUGGUUUGGAAAUCUUGCAGCUAAAGCCCGGGAUGAAGGUAGAAUCAGAGACAGUGUUGAUCUACAAUCAUUGAUGACUGAAAUGAAUCGAUACCGCUCUUGGUGCAGCCUCUUAUUCGGUUAUGACUGGGUUGGAAUCCCGCUGGUUUACACCCAGGUUGUCACUCUUGCUGUCUACACCUUCUUCUUUGCAUGCCUGAUUGGACGCCAGUUUUUGGAUCCCACCAAAGGCUACGCAGGACAUGACUUAGAUCUUUACAUUCCAAUCUUCACUCUCCUACAGUUCUUCUUCUAUGCAGGAUGGCUGAAGGUAGCUGAGCAACUUAUCAACCCUUUUGGAGAAGAUGACGAUGAUUUUGAAACUAACUGGUGCAUUGAUAGAAAUUUGCAGGUCUCUCUUUUAGCUGUGGAUGAAAUGCACAUGAGCCUACCUAAGAUGAAGAAGGACAUCUACUGGGAUGACUCUGCCGCUCGACCGCCAUACACACUGGCGGCUGCUGAUUACUGCAUACCCUCAUUUCUGGGGUCAACAAUCCAAAUGGGGCUGUCUGAGUCCAACUUCCCCGGUGAGGACUGGAUGUGGGACUAUCAGAAGCACGGCCAUCGGCACUCCGUGAUCAGAAGAGUCAAGAGGUUCCUGAGUACCCACGAGCACCCCACCAGCCCCAGGAGGAGCUUCAGGAGGCAGGCCAGCGACAGCUCCAUGCUCUUCUCCAUCAGCCCAACCCGGGAUCUGCUGCACGUGCCCUCCAGAAGCCCCCCCAGAGCCUCCCAUAGCCAGUCCUGUUCCCCGGAGGGCAGCCCCAAACUGCACUCCAGCACGGGAGAACUAUCCACAAUCAGGGAGACCAGCAGGACAAGCACCCUCCAGAGCCUGACCCCACCAUCCAGCGUGAGGGCCUCCCCCACCAAAAUGCCCCAGGUCCCUGAGGUAUUGAUCACAGCGGCUGAAGCACCAGAGCCCUCAUCCGAUGGCCAUCACCACGACUCCACCACCUCCAUCACUAGCUUUGAGUUUACUGGGGUUCAGCCAAGCAGGACGGAGCAGCAGGAGGACCCCGGAGGAUUACUCCUGUCCCCCUCAGAGGAGGGGACACCUCCUAGGAACCUUACUCUCCACACUGCUUCAGCCAGUACUGAGACAAAUAUGUUGAAGUUUGAGGAAGGGCCGGACGACGACAGAUUCCUGAAAAGGUGGAGCCUCCCAGCGUUUCAGCAGUCCAGCCACACCUCCCCGGGAAAUCUAAGUCCCGACCGCGUGAGCCCUGGGCUCCCUCUCUUACUUGAAACGCAAACAUCCUCAGAGCCCAGUGUAGUCAGCAGUGGGGCUGGCUCUCAGGUCUCUCCUGAUAUACUGUACUUAAUGGAAAACCUGGACACCAAGGAGACGGAUAUCAUAGACUUUAACAAUGAACAAACGGAGGAAUCCCCCAAAGGAACACCACAAAGCUCUCGGACCCGGUUCUAGCCCAGAUUCCACUUUUCCAAAGGCUCAGCAUUAAUCCCAGACCACCCCUGGAGUCUGGUUAGCUUUUUGAAAAAAAUGAUCCCACUGUAUAAGCCACUUCAAAAUUCAAAGGGCAUUAUGAUCUUAACUUUUUGAAAACUUUGAAAUCAGAUACAUUUACAUCAUCCAUAAUAAUGUGGCUUUCAUGGAAGUUAUAUACACCACAACGAAGUAUCUUAACCAGAUAAGGAAUCUUACAUAAAUAAAUCAUAAAUCUGACGUGUAAAUUCAUAGAUGAUUAGUUAUGGAAAGGGCCUCAUCGGUCAUAACCUAAUCCCCUAGACACAAAGGCCCAAACACAAGGAUUCUCUAUAUCUUCCUUUUUUAUUUUACUUUUUCCUUUCUUCUUUAAUUAUAUAGAAGAUGGAUAACACAAUGCCCCAAAGACCCUUUUCUACUUAUAAUUCUUCAAGGCUUUCUAACCAUCUCACUGUACUUUUAUAACUAUUAUUAUCAUUUCUCAAUUCUUAAGCUUCAUCAGCUCAGAGAAUUCCAUUUCUUUUCAAUUUCACUUUCACUUUCAAGUGUUCAUUUUUCUCUCCUCUGUCUUUGUUCUCUGUUUUUUCCCUUUCCUUCUCUGCAGUCUGGCUUAGUCUCUAGUUACUUCUGUCUGUCUCACCUCCCAUGUUAUGUUUCCUGGCCUGGCCUGUUGCCUGCUUCUCACCAUGGGGUUCCACAUAGGAGGCAUUGGCAAAGCAUCCCACAGGGUCGCCAAACAGGUCAACAAAUACAACCUCACACACACCCAGCCUCCCAGGGGGCCAGGCUAGUUGUAUCUGCCGCUCUCAGAACCGUUGCUGGUGCACUCCGAUUCUGCCCCAGCACUUGGACACUGGAGAAGACUGAGGCUAAGAGGAUACGAAGCUUGCCCAACUGAAUGCUAUGGAACCAAAGGGUAACAUGGUUUAAAUCGGCUUAUUUUGAACUCUUACACAGAAAUCUCAAUUGUGUCACAACAUGGGACCAGCUAUUGUGUCUAUCAGGUUGCUUGGAAUGAAAUAGACUAUUAGAGACAGGGUCCAGGCCUGCAUAAUGGGGACUGGGUUUUGACUAACUCCUUCCAAGGGCUCUUAGAGUGGUUAUUUAUUGUGAGCUCCUAAGUCUAUAAGGCCUUUCUUUAUAAGCACCACUCUAUUUGCCCUCUGAUGAAACUUGGCUAUAUAUGGCUUAAGAAAUAAAAUAACCCUUGUAGCGAUCAUUCAUUGAGUGCUCACAAUGUUCCAGGCAGCAGCAUGUAAAAUAAAAGAUGAUCUCACUGAUCCUAUAGGAAUCCUAUGACAGUCAUAUACUAAUAUUGCCCCCCACCCCUUUUUUGAGACAAGGUCUCACUUCAGGCUGGCCUAGAACUCACUAUGCAGCCCAGGCUGGC